CUGGUGAGUGCAGUCUGGUGAACUUUUCUCUGAGUGACAGACAGACAGGAUCUUCUCUGGCUGCAGGACUGAGACAGUUUGACGGACAGAUUGAGUCGUGGGAUUCAUUACAAGUCUGCAGCGAUGGGACUAUUGUAGCUAUGUUAGAUAACAUAUUACCCAGUCAUUUAUUUUCCAUUUUUACCAUAAAGUAUCUGAGUCGAUGGAGCCUGGAGCAGGACGAGACGAUGGGAUCCUCAGUGCGCUUUGGAGACCGAGGAUGUGUGUGUGAAAGUGGACAGACUGGGGUCAGUCAUGGAGCCUGAGCUGAACUGCAGCUCCCAGUGUGAUUCCCCACUCUGCUUCAUCCAGCCAGGAGUCCACAGGCAGGACGGUCUCGACAUCCUGCAGAGACUAUGCAGUCUCAGCACGAUGGCGGUGGAGCUCCCACGGCGGUCUCUCUCCCCGGUGUUGAGCGCUGUGGUGUGGACGCUGCUCUCCUGUGGCAUCCUGCUGGCUUUCUGCUUCCUCCUCUUCACCCUGCGCUUCAAAAACAACAGGAUAGUCAAGAUGUCCAGUCCCAACCUGAAUAUCCUGACUCUCUUUGGAAGCGUCCUCACCUACAGCAGCGGCUUCCUGUUUGCCGUCGGGGAGCAAUCACACUCACAAGGUGGAGCGUCCACAACCGUGCUACAAGUGAGCCCCACAGUCUCCCUCAUUGCUUCAUUAUAUUGUUGGAUAUGUCGUUGUUGGAUAACCUCAAAGUGCUCUCCCCUGCAGGCUCGAAUGUGGACUCUUUGUGUCGGCAGCACCCUGGUGUUUGGCCCAAUUUUGGGGAAGACAUGGAGACUGUACCGGGUGUUCACCCAGCGAGUGCCUGACAAGAGAGUGAUCAUCCGAGACAUCCAGCUGAUGGGCAUGGUGGCUCUGUUGAUCGUGGUGGACAUGCUGGUUCUCACCGCCUGGAACCUCACAGACCCUAUCAGGUGUUCACGGUCUGUCGGAGCCGUUGUGAAGGUGGUGGAGAGAGACAUUUCCUACUCUUUGUCUCAGCUGCACAGCUGCUCCUCUGUCUACUCUGAUAUGUGGGUUAUCAUUAUCGCUGUUCAGAAGGGUUGUCUUCUCCUCUAUGGGACUUAUCUAGCCGGGCUGACCAGCAACGUCAGCCACCCUCCAGUCAACCAGUCUCCUACCAUCAUAACAGCCGUCACUUUGGUCACCCUUUUCUCUGCCGUGGCCGUCCCCGUGUCCACCUUCCUGCAGGCCUGGCCCAAUCUGGUCUACAGCACUGUGGCUGGAGCCAUUUUCAUCUGCACACUGGCUACCAACUGCAUGCUGUUUGUGCCUCAGCUGACCCAGUGGCGGCAGUUUGAGGAGGACCAGAACAACCCGAGUCAGAUGGCCAAGUAUUUCAGCAGCCCCAGUAAGAGCCAGCCGUCGGUGUACAGCCAGGAUGAGAUGUACUACCUGCUGGGGGAGAACAGCUCCAUGAAAAAACUCCUUAAUGAGAAGAACGCUGCGAUUGACAGUCUCCAGGAGCAGGUGAACAACGCCAAGGAUAAACUCCUGCGCCUCAUGUCGGCCAGCCGGCCACCCGAGGACCAGGACGUGGACUCUUCCAACAACAACCUCAACUCGUCCUCCACUCAGACCACAGAGCUUCAGUCUGACGGCCCCUCUUCUUCUUCUUCUUCUUCUCUACCUCAGAGAGACAUUAAAUCCCAGCUCUCGCCACCACAUCUCUCCUCCCACCUCGCUGCUGUCACGCCGUCCUCUGAGCCUCCCUUUGAGCCUCCCUCUGCUCCAAGCUCCUCAGCCAUUGCUGCUCCCUCUCAUCUCCCUGAUGGUAUUUAUAAUAACCAGAGAGGUGUCUCUAACUCUGAUGCAGCUGGGAAGGGAACAGGGGAGGAUCUCAAACAGUCCCUUCAGUCCCCUGGCUUACUCAGGACAGCAGAAGAGACAGUUCACUUUGUCACCUCCCUACAAUCCCCUAAAGGGUUAAACCCCUCUCAGGUUGAAACUUUCAACAAUCAAAGGGGCCUAACAUCCCAGCUGGGACCAAACGCCAGACCUACUGGCUUUGUUAGCAGCGAGCAGUUGCAGGAGAUCCUCCAGGAGCUGAGCGUGGACGCAGUCAUGGAAAUCGCACUUCGAUCGCCCGGUCAGACGUUCAGACCGCCCUCCGUACUUUCCCCUCUCUCCCUCCGGACACCACGCUCCCCUCAUCCACCUGUCCUCUUCCGCUACCCCAGCAUCUCCCCCUACGCGAUGAGGAAACGUCGGCCGCCCUUCCACACCUCCAGAAGAGGGAUGGCCCCUCCCUGCUUCUACGCGGCGUCAGAAGCCGCUGGUUUUGGGAAUAUGAGGGACAACUGUGAACACCAAAAUCCAGGCAAGCACCCUGACGGGGUCACCAUGGAUGGUACCCUCCUCCAGUUUCACAACACUGACCUCGAGCUACCGGAGGAGGAGGAGGAGGAUGAGGAGGAGGAGGAAGGGAAUGAAGUGAUAAGAAAACGUCAGAGGCGUAUUUCAAGGUCCCAUAGAUGUCCAGUCUUCCCCCGCGCAGAUCACACAUCAGCUCCACCUAAUGUGGAAGCAGGUGGUGAUAAUGAGCAGCACCGCAGACACAUUAGAGACUCCUGUGGGUACUGGGACUCUGACUCCAGCAGCUCGACAGACUACUGUUACUACCACCGUCCCUACUGUGACUCCUGCCUGCAGCGAGGCUCUCUCCUGUCCACGGACAGCUCCUCAGACUCCUCUGACAGCGAGUACGAAGGCUACCCCAGCCUGUACCGCUCCCCACACCCGGUGGUGUUCAAAGAAGACAUCAAACCCACCUUUGUAUGAGCACAGGUUUACUGCACUUUACGCGUUCAUCCAUUUCCACCACUUGAAUUCUUGCCCGUCGUUUCAAAAUUAGCAGGCACAAAGUUCAUUGUGCAUAAUGUGCGUCUAUCAUGGGAGAUCAUUUGACUGGAGCUUUCAGUAGGAAUGUGUUUUGCAUUCUGUAUGAAAAGAGCAUUGUUCUUCUUGAAUCACCGUGGGACAGUAUUUCUUUUAUUAGAUUUAUGAAAACUCACAAUGCUGUUUACUUUUUAAUAUUACUCGUGGCAUUAUUUGUAUAUUUCUGCUGUCAGAUGAAUUCCCUUACAUUCCAAAAAAUGUCUGACUUUUAGAGUAACAAAUAAAAAAAAUUAAAGGUUUUUCACAGAACAGUUGAAAUGUGCACCGUAUUAGCUAUUGUGCAAAUGCUGUAUUUAUUUUGAUAUUUAUAAUAACAUGUUUUUUGGUGUACAGAAUUACUUUCUGCACCCGUUUUUAUUGUUUUACAUGGUCAUACACAUUCUUGUUAUGUCAUUUCACUGAAUGGUCUGCAAUUUGCUAUAAUUUUCUCCUACAUUGCCUAUACAAUGCUCUACACUUGCUCCAAUCUAUAGCUGGUUUACGAAACACCACGGCCACACCGUCAGAGCGACUGGAGGAAACGGUCACUGCUAUUGCCUUAACACGCUUCCUCAUUUUCUCCGUAUUGCUAUCCUGACUCAUUAAGAGUAUUUAAUGUGCAAAGGUCAUCAUUAUGGAGUGUGUGUGCGUGAGAAAGAAAGAGUGCCCUGCUUGCCCUUUCAUUUCCAAGCCCUGUUUUUUCUUUCAAAAGAAACUUCACACCACUUCAUGUUUAUUCUGCAUCUUCUCCUGUUUCAUACAGUGAAGCCACGGCAGCAUGAACAGCCAAACAGAAAGAGUAUAAACCACUGGCUUCAUGUACGCCCGGAUUAACCUGCUAUGGGGCCACGGGGCAAAAAUGAGUCCCUGUUAAGCCUCCACACUCAUAUUCUCAUUGUGCCCAGAGUCCUACCAUCUGUAUUUCUCUGCUGUAACACUACCUUGCCUCAGGUUUUUUACUGUACGUCAGUUAGUUUUCAUGAUAUUCCUGCAACAGAGACAAAAACAGAGCAUUACUCCCCCUCUUUUUUAUAUCUCUCUUCCCUGUCUUGGCCUCUCUCUCUCACUCCCUCCCACUAUCUCCUCUCUGUCUCUGUAUUUUUUUCUUCCGCUAAUGGGAAAGUGUGUGUUUGCCGGAGGAGGUGUUGCUAUGAAGGGAAAACAGCGCCUUGCGUUACUUCUGCUCUGCUGCCUGUUUUUGAGACGCUCUCUGUUCUGCAUAUGAACCAUUGAAGGGCAGCCUGGGAGAAAUUCCCUUUGAUACGGAGCAUAACAGAAUAUAAAUAAACCACACAAAAGACAGACUACCAGCAUCGCUGUGCAGGAGGAAAGACUUUCCUGCCAAGUGACCUGCAUUCUGUUCAAGAUGGGGAACACUGACAUGUUGAGGAAUUGUUGAAUAAAAAUAGUUGUCAAUCAA